UGCCCCGUCGUUGGUAUCAGUGGGAGGAAUAGUGCCCCGUCGUUGGUGUCAGUGGGAGGAAUAGUGCCCCGUCGUUGGUGUCAGUGGGAGGAAUUGUGCCCCGUCGUUGGUGUCAGUGGGAGGAAUAGUGCCCCAUCAUUGGUGUCAGUGGGAGGAAUAGUGCCCCAUUGUUGGUGUCAGUGGGAGGAAUAGUGCCCUAUCGUUGGUGUCAGUGGGAGAAAUAGUGCCCAUCAUUGGCGUCAGGGUAGGAAUAGUGUCCUAUUCUCAGUAUCAGUGACAACAAUUAUGCCCCAUUUUUGGUUUCAAUGGGAGGAAUAGUGCCUUAUAUAAGUGGGAAGAAUAGGGCUCC